GGCUUCGUAAGAUAUUUGUUGCAUGGCCCUCGAGUGCAUUAUGAUACUUAAGUGGAACACCAUGGGGAGAUGGAAGUUCCCUUUCUUCUCUGUUUGCAUGAAAGUUCUUAUGAUGCCACAUCUGCUUUCUUUCAUCAAUUCCAUGGGCAUUGAUUGCAGACUGUGGCCUUAAAACAUUAGAAGAACUCAAUUUGCUUUCCGUCACAAUGGGCCGCAUCUUCCUUGAUCACAUUGGUGGAUCUCGGCUUUUCUCAUGUGCAGCCUGUGACACUAUUCUGACCAACAGAAGUGAGCUGAUCAGUACAAGGUUUACUGGAGCAACAGGCCGAGCCUUUCUGUUCAACAGAGUUGUCAACCUCAGUUACAGGUAUGAUGUUCAGGAUCGUGUAAUGCUCACUGGCCGCCACAUGGUACGAGAUGUAUCGUGUAAAAACUGUGAUGCCAAACUUGGAUGGAUCUAUGAGUUUGCCACAGAGGAUAACCAGCGAUACAAGGAGGGCAGGGUCAUUCUUGAGCGUGCUCUCGUUACAGAGAGUGACGGUAUAGAUGAACACAUGGGGGAUGAUUGAGUGCAGGCCAACGGUGGGCCAGCAAAUGAGCCUGCCGUUGCUCAACAUGUGCAGCCUGUACUGCACGUACAGCCUCAGGUCCCUAUCCAGCUAGUACCUGUACCUCACGGAUACAUGCAAGAAGUUCAAGUACAGCUAGCUGGGGCUGGGGCACCUAUCCACAAUGUACUAGGUGCUCUGCAUGAUGUACCUCCUCCCCCUGCACCGUACAUCCCUGCAGCUGAGGCUGGAGCUGCACAUGAUGAGUCAGAUGAUGACUAUGAAGAACCCCAGCCUCCUGUGGGAUUUUUGGAAUAAUGGCAAAUGCAUAAACAAACAUUUUAAAGAGCAGCUGCCUCAAAAAAAUUUCAUGGUUGCCAGUUGAUUGUGUGUGAAUUUGACUCCAUCUUUAAGAGUACUAGUCUGUUGUGUAUAUAUUAGAGGUUUAUGUUCCUUGAAAAGAGUAUAGCUGAGAAUUCAAUCUAUACUCUGAAAAUCCUGUGAGUCAAUGUCACAAUCUGCAGUAAUGUUUACAGUUUCAAUCAAAGGUUAAUUUUCUUUUUCUUUUAACAGGAUAAAACUUAAGUUGACUAUUUUUCAAUCAAAUUCCUUUGUGUUUCUCCUCAAGCUUUCAUUGUUGACUCUCAAAUAUUGUUAGUUGUGUAUUAUUUUUAGAGACAAACUGACAGACUACUUGUUAAUUACAUUUAUAUUUAUAUUCCACUCAGGAAAUAGGUUUUGUUGUGUUGCUUAAAAAAAUAAGAAAAAAAAAACGAUGAAAAAAUGAUAGGAAAGAAGGAAAAUUAUAUAUUCUGUUGAUAAAUUUUGUAUAUUAGGUCUAUUCAAAGAAGCAUUUACAGUGUAAAAACAUUUGGUUCAUUUCAGGGUUUUCUGAAAAUGUAUUUUCUAGAUGUGAAACUUUCAAUGAGAAAUACACCCAUCACUGCCAAAAUGAGUUGCCGUUCUCCACUGUAACAAAAAAUUGUGAUAAAGCUCAAACUUUCCUUUUGUAAGCACACCAUAGUGGUGUUUUUUCUCCUUUCAAAUGUUUAAGCAAAAAGUCUUAGCCUGCAGGCUCUCAAAAUUUCUUAAAUUAAACUAUGUACUGUAUUUGUAAAUAAUUUUGCUUACAAAUGAUGGUAUUUUUUGUUAAUUUAAUGAAGAUGGGUGUCCAUAAAUCAUUUCAACUGUAAGAAGACUACUUCUUUGUUUAGCUAAAGGAUGCUUUGGGAAUGAGUGCUUAUCUGCCAAAGGAGGAGAAUUAUGUGCAAAUAUUCUCGUGUCACAUCAUUGCUCUCAACAACCAUGGCAUCCUGCAAUAGUGCCUUUUUGUUUUGUUAUUAUUGUCUUUUAAGAUAUACAGAUAGAAAUUACACUUAAUUUUGAAAUGCUGUCUUUGUCAAUUUUAUGAAAUCCUUGCAUUUUGUAAUUUCAUCUUGAGAAGAUUUGGUUGACUUUCUGAAAGGGUGCUUUACAUAUGAGCUCUUUCCUACCCAAAUCUCUUUGUAGAUAUUUAAAUGGCAAUAAGCCUCUUAUCUGUCAGUUACCUAUUGUAGUGUGUAGUAAUUCUCUAAAUGAUGGGAGUGGGUUUUGUGUUCAUAUAUUUUAAAACUCUACAUUCAAAGCUCCAGUGUUGUACCCUGACAUAUGAGAGCUAACAGAAUCUUAUGCUUGUUAACCUUCUUCUGUAAAGCUGUGAUUUUAACAGUUUGAAGGUGAGAAGAGACGUCAAAAUAAAUUAUGGGGCAGUUCAACUCUAAUGGUUGCUGGUUCUUUGUUCCUUCUUA